CGCUGCGCCACCGGCAGCCGGGCCCGCUCCCCGCGCCAGUCUCCUCCGGCUCCCUGGCCUGGCCGCUCCGCCAUGGCGGCCAACAGCGGCAACCUGCAGAAAGCAAUAGACCUUGCUAUCAAAGCAGCACAAGAAGAUAAAGCAGGAAACUAUGAGGAAGCCUUCCGCUUGUACCAACAUGCUGUGCAGUAUUUUCUCCAUGUUGUUAAAUAUGAAGCACAGAGUGAUAAAGCAAAACAAAGCAUUAGAGCAAAAUGUACAGAAUACUUGGACCGAGCAGAAAAGCUGAAAGAGUAUCUGAAAAAGAGAGAAAAAACUGCACCAAAACCAGUUAAAGAGUCUGGUCCUGCUGAAGGAAAAGGGAAUGACAGUGAUGGGGAAGGGGAAUCAGAGGACCCUGAAAAAAAGAAGCUACAGAAUCAACUUCAAGGAGCAAUUGUUAUGGAGCGACCAAAUGUCAAGUGGAGUGAUGUUGCUGGCCUCGAAGGUGCCAAAGAGGCACUUAAAGAAGCAGUCAUCCUUCCCAUUAAAUUUCCACACCUGUUUACAGGCAAGAGAACACCAUGGAGAGGGAUUCUCCUAUUUGGACCACCAGGAACAGGAAAGUCUUAUUUAGCAAAAGCUGUGGCAACAGAAGCAAACAACUCUACCUUCUUCUCAGUGUCUUCAUCUGACCUUGUCUCAAAAUGGUUAGGUGAAAGUGAAAAAUUAGUGAAAAACUUGUUCCAGCUUGCCAGAGAAAACAAACCUUCUAUCAUCUUCAUUGAUGAGAUAGAUUCCCUCUGUGGGUCAAGAAGUGAAAAUGAAAGCGAAGCUGCUAGACGGAUAAAAACAGAAUUUCUAGUCCAGAUGCAAGGGGUUGGUGUUGACAAUGAAGGAAUCUUGGUCUUGGGAGCAACAAACAUACCUUGGGUUUUGGAUUCUGCUAUCAGGAGAAGGUUUGAGAAGCGUAUAUAUAUUCCUUUACCUGAAGACCAUGCCAGGGCUGCAAUGUUCAAACUUCACCUUGGAUCAACUCCAAAUGACCUAAAAGAAGCAGAUUAUCGAGAUCUUGGGAAGAGAACUGAUGGCUAUUCUGGUGCAGAUAUAAGCAUCAUUGUCCGUGAUGCACUGAUGCAGCCUGUUAGAAAAGUGCAAUCAGCGACUCACUUCAAAAAAGUAAAAGGACCAUCAGUGUCUAAUCCAAAUACGAUGGUAGAUUUAUUCACCCCUUGCUCUCCAGGUGAUCCUGAAGCCAUAGAAAUGACGUGGAUGGAGGUCCCAAGUGAUAAAUUACUGGAGCCUAAAGUUUCCAUGGCCGAUAUGCUCAGGUCGCUUGCUAGUACAAAACCAACAGUUAAUGAACAGGACCUGGAGAAGUUAAAGAAGUUUACAGAAGACUUUGGUCAGGAAGGCUAAACCAAAGAUAUGUGUGAAGCGUUAGAACUUUUCUUCUUAAAGUAUUCUCGUGUCUUUAUCGAUGGCACUUCAAAUAAAAUCACCCCUUUCUUACUUUGCAGAAGGAAUAGAAGAUACUUUUGCAAAGACCCUUAAGCUUUUGUAUUGUAUUAUUUUCCUCAGAUGUCUAUUAAAUGUCUUCUAUUGAAAAAUAAUACAAAAAUGCAAUUUUAGGGUGAGACAGCAAAUUGAUGUGGUAAUGUCUAAUAAAUACUAGAAAGCUUUAAAUUACUAGUUCCAUUUUAGGCAGUAUAUUAUACCUGGAUACCAGUGAGUUUUAAACUCCCAGUAGGGUCAAAAACUUUUUUAAGGGGUGGGAGAGAACAUAUUUGUCAGGUGUUUUCAAUCAGCAUAAAUAUUAAUUUCUCUCAUUUCAUUUAGAAAAACACAACAAAAUUUUCUAAUCAAGCAUGCUGCAAGUGUGGGUUUGCUGUUAAAGUAAGAAAGAAGACACUGUGAGGAUAAGACUACAUGAGCCAGUACUUUGAGUAAAUAUUGAUGGACCUGUAAUUUGGCUUUUUUCUGCUAUGCUGUGUUAAAAUUUUGCCUUAAACGGCAAGCUUUUGAUUUUAACUCUUUAUUAGCUGGUACACACUGUCACUAUGCAAUUUAACACAAGUUUGUUAAAUGCAAGUAACUCAGGUGUUUUGCUAGCUCUUCUUGGGGGGUUGUUUGGAUUUAUUUUAUUUGUUGUUUUGGUUUUUAAAGUCUGGAUUCUCUUCCUGGUGAAGUUUUGACUAAAGUUAGAAAAAAGCAUUACUGCUAUCCUCUAAGAUCCCACAUGUUGAGGCUGGCAAGGUAUAUGUAGUCUUUGGAGAAUGUCUGGGAGGUAUUUUGGGAAGUAGCAUACUUUCACAUGCAAGGAGAUUAGAACAGAUGUUUUAGCCACAGCCUUUCCUUUAAAUUAACCCAGAACCCCACUGGUAAUUGUAGCAUAUAGGUUACAUCAAUUUAGUGUUUAAACUGGGAGAGAGAGCUGGCAGUUUAGUAUAGAAGUAGCACUUCCAUUGCUCUUUCUCUGCAGAACCGCAAAUGGACAUGUGCCUGAAUGUAACUUACAACACUACAGCAUCAGCAUUGAGUUUGUGCCUUGUAAGUUUGCACUGGCUGUAGAUAUGAAACACCAUUAGGAUAUCUAGAAUAAUCUAUCUUCCAUUAUCAUUGUAGAACUCUAUCCUGAAAAUGUUUUGUUUAACUUGCAUUAAAAGAAAUUUGCACAUUUUAGGUGUGUAUGUUCUAUGUACAUAUGCACAAAUAUGAUCAUCUUUUGAUGGGGUUUGGUUUCUUUUAUGUACAUAUUUUGUGUACUUUAUAAAUCAUAGGAUGGGUGACAUUUUCUGUACUUAAAUGAAGUAAAAUGUUGUAGUACGACAUCA